AUGGGCCGUGAUACCAACGCAAACACCAAGGCCGUCGGCGCCGAGCUGGCGGCCGUCCUGCCGGACGUCGGCCCCUGGUACAGGCAGCCGCACAUGCUCCGGCUCAACCUCUGCGUCGCCUCGCUCAUCAUGUGCGCGUCGGCCAACGGGUACGACGGCUCCAUGAUGAACGGCCUGCUCGCGCUUCCGCAGUGGCACGCCUUCAUGGGCCAGCCCACGGGCGCCUGGCUCGGGUUCGUCAACGCCGCCUACUCGCUCGGCAACCUGGUCGUCUACCCGGCCGCCGCGUGGGUGUGCAACCGGUACGGCCGCAAGGCGGGCAUCUACGUCUCGUGGGCCUGCCUGGCCGUCGGCUCGGCGCUGCAGACGGCGGCGCCCAACGAGGCCGCCUUUGUCGCCGCCCGCUUCGUCAUCGGCUGCGCCUCGGGCUUCUUCCUCUCGGCGCCGCUGCUCAUCACCGAGAACGCCUACCCGACGCACCGCGGCAUGGUGUCGGCCCUGUACAACUGCGGCUGGUACUUUGGCGCCGUCGUCGCCGCCUGGGCGACGUACGGCACGCGCAACAUGGACCACUGGGCCUGGCGGCUGCCGUCGCUGCUGCAGAUCACGCUGCCCGUCCUCUCGGUCCCCGGCCUGCUGCUCAUCGGCGAGUCCCCCCGCUGGCUCGUCUCCGUCGGCCGGAACGACGAGGCCCGCGCCGUCCUCGCGAGGAACCACGCCGCAGGCGACGCGCGCUCGCCGCUCGUCAACUUUGAGAUGACGGAGAUCGAGGAGACGCUGCGGGCCGAGAGGGAGGCCCACGCCGAGACGAAGUGGUCGGAUCUAUGGAGCACCCCGGGCAACCGUCACCGCCUCUUCAUCUCCGUCAGCUUGGGCGUCUUUGCCCAAUGGUGCGGCGUUGGUGUUGUCUCGUACUACCUGGCCAUGGUUCUUUCCUCGGUUGGCAUCACCUCGGUCGACGACCAAACGCUCAUCUCCGCGUGUAUCCAGAUCUGGAACCUCAUCUGCGCCUCUGCCGCCGCCAUCAUGGUCGACAAGGCUGGACGCAGAGGCUUGUUCUUGGCAUCGGGCACCAUCAUGCUGAUCUCCUUCACCAUCGUCACCGCGCUCUCCGGGAGCUUCGCCAACACCGGCAACGCACCCACCGGCACGGCCGUGAUCCCGUUCCUCUUUAUCUUCUACCUUGGGUACGACAUCGCGCUGACCCCGCUGAUGGUGGCCUACCCGGUCGAGAUCUGGCCGUACCGCCUGCGCGCCAAGGGCCUCACUGUGGCGCUGAUGACGACCAUUGGCUGCAUCUUCUUCAACACGUUUGUCAACCCCGUCGCCCUCGAGUCGAUCCAGUGGAGGUACUACUUCGUCUUCCUCGCCGUGCUCGUCGCCAUGAUCGUCAGCGUGUGGUUCUACUACCCGGAGACGCGCGGCCGCACGCUCGAGAACAUGGCGUUCCUCUUCAACGGCGAGGGCGCCGAGGUGGGCGCCGGCACCGCGGAGGGCGCGCUGAAGGAGGCCGAGGUCGCCCACGUAGAGGAGGAGGAGGAGGGGUCGGAGAAGAGGUAGUCCGCGAGCGGCUGAGCGGUUGAGUGGUUGAAUAUGGUUUUGUUUUGGAUCUUUCUUUCUCUGGAGUGCAUUUGUCUAUACCCAGUCCAGUCCCGCCGUAGUCCCAAUGAUGAAUCCCAGUGUGUCCACUGCUCCUAUACUCUUACGGGACACAUUCGCGGGAUUUCUAAACUCGGACUCGACACUCUCAGAGGGGCAGUAUGCUUUGGGCUGUAUUUGCGUUUGGCUGUGGCAACCCGGUCUCUUGGCAUACCGCAUUCAGUUCGGGGUAGAUAGAACCCGCGGGGUUGGCCUGGCCGUCUUGUUUGCUGGGUCAAGUUGCUGCCACUUGUCAAACGACAAGAAUGCUUCCAUCCAUCCCUCUCCUGAUAUUCUGUGUUGUUGGAACCGGUCUACCCAACAUCCAAAAUCGGGCUCCGGCGGUUCUCA